AUGACAAAAGGAACUUUAUCCUUUGGAAAGCACUGCAAUAAGAUGCACAUGUUGUGCUGCCGCCGCUGUAGCUCUAAGGCCUACUACCUUCAGAAGUCGAAGUGUGGCAAAUGUGGCUACCCUGCCAAAUGGAAGAGGAAAUAUAAUUGGAGUUGCCAAAGCUAAGAGACAAAACCCUACUGGACUGGGUAGAUGAGGAACCUAAAAUUUGUCUAUCGAAGAUUCAGACAUGGAUUCCGUAAAGGAGCAACACCUAAACACAAAAGUGCAGCUGUUGCAGCAUCCAGUUCAUCAUCAGUCAUAAAAUAA